AUGCUGCGACUAUUCAUCUUCAUUAGUAUUCUUGUGUGCUCAUCAAGCAGUCUACCAUUAAGUGAUUUCUUUCCUUUUGGACCUGAAAUAGGAGAUUCAACUGUACCAACAAAUGAUGAUGAAAGUGUUGGUCCUCUAGGUUUACCACACAUAUUUCCUUAUUUUGAUAACAAUCACCGACAAAUUUGGGUAGCUAAUAAUGGUCUUUUUUCAUUUCUUUCGGCGAUCCCUCAAUUUACUCCUGAACCGUUUCCAUUAGCAAACGAUCAACGACUGGUAACCGGUUUCUGGGCUGAUAUUGAUACUCGAGGUGCAGUGAGCGGCAUUGGUAACAAAGUUUAUUAUCACAUUUACACAGAUGUAUCUUUAACAGAUACUACUACGGAGGUAUUUACUAAAGCAAGUGGCUAUGUACGAAGUUUCUUUCCUCAACAACGCCCAUUCGAACCUACAAUGGUUAUUACGGGUACUUGGUAUCGUGUAGGGGCUUACUCAGGGAAAACAGAUCGAUUAAAUACAUUUCAAAUUGUAUUAGCUACUGAUGAAGAUCGUAGUUUUGUCUUUAUACUUUACAAUGAUUUACAAUGGGCUGGAACAUCAUAUACCUCGGAACCUUACGCUCAAGCAGGUUUCAAUGCUGGUGAUGGAAUUGCUUUCGAAAUGCUUCCGUAUUCACGUACACAAGAUAUUGUUAAAUUAGUUAAUGUUAGCAAUGUUAAUGUUCCUGGUCUAUUUGUUUUUCGUGUUGAUACUGAUGAAAUUGAUGCUGGUGGAUGUAGUACUAAUAUAUCUGUAGCUACUGUUCGUCCACGUGUUAGCUCGCAACUUGGUUCUACGGCAAUCAAUCUUCAAGGACCUUGUUUCGAUAAUGUAACAAUACCUAAAUGUCAAUUUGGUUCAUCAUCACAAGUUGUCGAUGGUAUCAUACUUGAUGACUUUCGAGCCAUAUGUUUAACACCACUUGCACCUGUGCAUGGUCCCGUAGCAGUCAGCCUAUCGAUUGACAAUGGUGCUACAUAUAUUCCAGCUGGUACUUUUACAUAUGCUCCAUUAAAAUUUGGUUCUGACGAUGUGAUUAUUGAAAUGAAUAACGAAGAUAAUUUACUCAAUCUUGGACAAUAUGUUACUCUUAAAUGGCGUUUUUCAGAAUCAAUACAAAAUACAUUUCCAAAUGAAACUAUGAUUGACAUUGAAUUAUGGAAAAUAACUCUUAAUGAUCGAUCACAAUUACAACAGGACAAUUCACCUGUAAUACUUGCACAAGAUUUACAAUCCGCAUCUACUUCGCUUCGUCUUCAACUGCCUGAAAAUAUCCAAUCAAUCACAACAUGCUUUAUUCGAGUAGUGGCUCGUUCUGAAUCAAAAAAAUAUGCUGGACUCAAUACUGGUGUGCUCGUCGUACGCAGUCCGUCUGCAUUUGCUUCUGAAUCGUGUGUUGAAUGGUCUCAUCGACAACCGGAACCAUCAACAUGGAACGGCGGUAGUCUUCUUCCUUGCCCAAUGACACGCACUCAAGCUGUAGCUGGUGGUCGUUGCUGUUAUGAAUCUGAUAGUCAAUGUUAUCGGGGUAAUCCUUUGUUAAACAAUUGCUGGCUUCAUCAAGCCCGUCCUCAAUACGAUGAACAAUCGGCUGUCGAAUGUUAUAUAACGAAAGGUUCCAAUCAGCAUGGUGCUGGAGCUGAAUGUUGUUACGAUAUUGAAGGACAAUUAAUCACACGUGGUACAGGAGCAGGUACCGAUGAUCGAUAUCAACCUGUAUCAUCACCUGUUCAACAUUUCUUCGAUGAUACUGUACCUUAUUUACAAUGUUGUAUGAUGAGUUCUAGUCCUGACUUAUGCAGUACAUAUAUGCGUUAUCGACCACCACGAAGAGGUAGUAAUACAAUGGGUGAAAAUGGUGGUACAUGGGGUGAUCCUCAUUUUACUACCCUCGAUGGUACAUCUUAUACUUUCAAUGGUUAUGGAGAAUAUACUUAUUUAGCUAUUAGUGAGAACAUUUCUCCACCAGGAGAAUUUAAUCCUUUGAGUCAAAACUUUACAUUUAUGUCACAAAUACGUACUGUUCCACUCCCAUCAAAUGAUGUUACUGUGACCAAAGGCUUUGCUGCUCGAUCAAAUAGUCCUGAAAGUCAAUUAGUAAGUGUAAUUGUUUCUCGUCGUGAAAAUCCUGUUAUACGUCGUGGCAAUGAAAUUCUUCAAUUCGAUGAUAAUAUCGAUACACUUUUUUUUCCUGAAAUGACUAUCGAAAGAAAUUUAACGGAUCGUAAUGUGCUUAUUCUCUCAUGGACAGUAGGUGUAACCAUUCAAAUAAAUUUCAUUCAAAUAACAUCACCAACAACAACACUCGUACUCAAUGUUGCUGCUUCUGUAGCUGGUAUAUAUCGUGGACGAACAUACGGUUUAUUAGGUACUUAUGAUGGUCAAGCUUCGAAUGAUUUACGAGCUCAAAACGGACAAAUAAUAAACGCUGAUAGUUCACUUGAGCAGAUCCAUAGACAAUUCGGUGUGACUUGGUCAAUUGAUCCAAUCACUUCUUUAUUUCAUUAUGAAACCGAUCAGUCAGCGAUAUUUUUUCAUGAAAAAAAUCAAUUAUUUACACCAUCAUUUAUUGAACCAAGCAAUUCGCAAGCAGAAGAUGCAUCUAUUCGACAUGCAUGUAACAUCGACCCUAGUUCUCUACCAGCUUCAUGGAAUAUUGCUCAGCGUACAUGUUACUAUGAUAUAUCUGUAACAAAAGAUGAAUCUUUUGGUCAAACAUCAUUAAAUGCUGGUAAUGAAAUGUUAUCAAUUAAAGCUGAUCAACGAAAUCCACCUCUUUUCGAUAUUACACUUCCUGUUCACAAGGAAGCUAAAAAGGGAGAUAAAAUUCAACUGAAAAUAGUUGCUUCAAGUGAAUAUCCAUCAAGUGUUAUUCAAUUAUCUGCAAUCCAUUUACCUCGAGAUGCUAAAUUCAAUGUACAAACUGGUAUGUUCGAAUGGACAGCGAUUGAAGGUACUGAACAUGUUCGAAUUCGAGCAUUUGAUAUGACAUAUAACUUAACAGCAACACAUGAAAUUGUCUUCGAAGUGGGACGAACCAAUUACAGUCCUACUCAGUUUGAAGUGAAAAUUUUACUUUUUUUUACUGCUUUCUUAUUUGCUUUUCUUUCUAAAUGA